CCAGGAAGUUGAUCGCAGUUGUCAGGCAAACAUUUGACUUUACUGUGGAACGUUCGUAGAGUUUGAAACAUGGCGGAAUUAUCAUUUUUACCCCAAAAGGCAAAGCUAAAAGUCGCCGGAACAAAGAAAGACUUGUCUUUGUAACCCCUUGUUUUCCUCAUAGGUGAAGCUAGCGGUGAGGAAUGGACCAUACGUCUGUAAAACGGGAGUUUCGGCCUGGUUCUGGUCGGGUGCAGGUGAAUGAGAUGAAUGAAUCAGGCCCAAUCAACCCAGUUCCUGUCGUUAAAGUCCGAGAUGAGGCUGACAAAGUGCAGCUUAUUUGUCUCUCCAAGGAGAAGCUGGAACUGCUAUGUGGAACAAAAGAUCUCUCUCAGGUGACCUCGCUGGAAAUCUGCGUGAACACUCAAGAAAAUAGUCUGGGAAACAUUGGUACUUAUUUGCCCAGGCUGGUGCUGCUCAAAAUGAACAACAGUGUGAUCAUGUCAAUGCGAGAUCUGGGAACUACCUUUUCACAACUGCAGGUGCUGUGGAUGUCUCGUUGCUGCCUACAAGACCUCGAUGGCAUUUCAUCUCUCUCCUCUCUCAGGGAACUAUACUUGGCAUUUAACAAAGUGUCAGACCUGAGUCAGGUUGGCAUGCUGGAGAACUUGCAAGUGUUAGAUGUAGAGGGAAAUGAUGUGGAUGACCUUGUCCAGGUUCAAUAUCUCGGGCUGUGUGGCAAACUACAUACCCUCACUUUGGAGGGAAACCCUGUGUGUCUGCAACCAAACCCUACUACCACACAGACUGACUACAGUUACUGGGAUUCAGUGAGGGAGUUGGUCCCUCAGCUGCGUCACCUUGACAAUGCAAGAGUGGAGGAUGGCAGACCAGACUCCAGCGGCACCAUGUGGGAAGACUGGAGCAUUCUGAGAAACUGCAUCAGAGACUACUACACAACGGCUACAGAAGACACAGACAGUGCACGUCCCUACAACCGACCCAGUUCUGCCAGGCGCCCUGCUUCCAGCCUCCGGUCCUUCUCAUCAGCGAGUACUACUGACUCCAGGCCCUUUACAUCAUCAUCAUCUGGGUUUCUUUCGUCUCCUUUGUCCACACCUGGUUCUGAAGAUUCAGACUUUGUUGAAGUUGAAGCAGACAGCAGCGUCCUCACGCAUGGAGCUGGCAAGAUUGUGUUCUGUGGGAACCCUGUCAAGGCUGUACGAGCGAGACGUGAAAAGUUGAGAACUGCACCCUGUGUGUCAACUUUUAACCCCCGUGACCUGACCAUCCAUAUACCAGAGCACAUGUAUGACCCAGAAGACCAUGAAGGGAAUGAGUGUGGUGAUGUUUUUGCUGAACUUAAAGCUUGGAGGGAGAAACAUAGCAGGCGACUUGAAGAAAUACAGAGCGACAGGUUACCUCAAGUACUGGUUGUUCAGCAUGGCAACGUGGAUGAUGAUGAUGAAGGGGAAGGUUUCGAUGGUGUGCCCAGUUAUGAUGAAGAACAAAGUGAGGACGGCCAGUUUAAACGCACGUUACAUGAUGUGGAUCAACGUUCCUGGUCCUCUGACAUCACACAUUGGCCUUGUCCUCCUCCUAAGUUUUUAGGUUCAAAACCAGCCUCUGGUAAUAAUAAGGACCCAACAGGAAUCUGUUCACAGAGGAUUCGAAUUAACCGGGGCACUUCAGAGCACAUACUUCAUUCUUACAGCGAUGUUGCAAAGGCUACACAUACAGAGAUGCCAAUCAAGAGUAUCCAGCAGGUGAUGAGAACUAAAACGCUUCGACCACCAUCACCUAUACGCAUGACUCAAUCAUGUAAAAUUGGUAGCCUGGGAGGACGGUUAAAGGAUUCAUGGUAAAGCAUUAUUCAGUUCUUGCCUCUUUUUGUAUUAUUUAAACUGUCUGCAGCUAAUUACCAUGAAUACAAUUUUCAAACUCAUCUGCAGAAUCUCACUCAGGUUGCAUGGUGUGCAAAAUAUUGUUGACAAAACAAAUAUAAUAAGACAUCAUUAGACUUAGCAUGACUUCACCCCUCAGUUUUGUUGUUUUAAUUGCUGUGACACUUGAAAUGUUGCAUUCUCUUGCUACCUAUGUAUUAUAUCCAAUCAAUUUACAAAUAGGAUAUAUCAUUUUAUUUGGGAUUAAGUGUAAAGUAAAUAAAAGUUUGGUUUGGGUGUAGUUACACUGACAUAAUGGCAACUCAUGGUGUGAUAACUUUGUAAUACCACAUGGGGGCACUAUGUCUAAACAUACUGGUAUUCAUCCUUGAGACAAUCCAAAAGAGGGAGCCAUAUGCAUAAGGGUAAAGUCAGGGUUUUAACUUCAAUGUGCAAAAAGAAGUUGGGUAAAUGGUAGUACAAUCUUAAUCCAGGCUAUCGUAAUAGGGGAUAUGUUAGCUUUGGUCAAUGAAAUAAGAUUUAAGUCUCACUGGUUGUAUGGUUGUAGUCUGUGUGUCCAUAGAUCCACCAAGAUAAGAACAAUCAUAAAUCCUAUUGGAAAACAAGCAUAUGCACAUGGUAUUUUGAACUGUCAGUGGUUUGUUUGCGUUGUAAGCCAGUACUUUUGUUAUUAAAGCAAAUUAGUGGAAAUGCUUUGCCCGUGCGGGAUAGCAGACAAACAUAGCAAAUCCCUGCUAACAUCUCUGGUGGAAGGGAGUGUGCACUCUGGAUCCCCAAUCAUUAGGUUCAGAAUGUGGUAAGGGUAACUACAUUUAUGUCAAGAAGAACUCCCCCCAAAAGCUUUAUGCCUUUACUGUACUGGUAGUGAUUAUGUGACAGUAUUUUGUAGAUACAAGCUUUUAUACUGUAUACUGUAAAGUGGCCUUUGCAAGGGUAGACAGACUGUGUUGUUCAGAAUAUACAGCCAGGACAUGAUGCCAAUGUAUCUAUGAAAAGUAAUUGGCAAAGCCUCAGCCAGUGGGGUGCUAGCUCUCAACCUCUGCCCAGUAUUGUAGAUUAGCCUGUGAGCAGUUAGUUUAUAGCAGGGCUAUUCAACUACACAGGGCCGCAGUUUCAAGAGUCAAAGGGCUCAAGGGCCGGACAUCAAAACGUGCAACACAUCGGCUUUCACACUGCACUGUCAAUAAAUUAAUUACUUUGCCCUUGCUACUCGUUUCCAGUGUGUACAGCUAGACCAGGGGUCGGCAACCUUUACCACUCAAAGAGCCAUUUUGACCCGUUUCCACAAAUUAAAGAAAACAAUGGGAGCCACAAAACUCUUUUGAAAUUUAAAAUGAAAUAACACUACAUACAAAGUUUUUUUUUGCUUUGUGCUAUGUAUAAACCAGGGGUCUCAGACACGCGGCCCACACCUUAAUAUGGAAAUGUAACGUUAGUGCGGCCCGCGAGUUUUAUAUGAAGGGCACUUGACAGCGUCACACUUGCCAACCCUCCCGAUUUUUCCGGUAGACUCCCGAA